AUGCCAUUGGAAUGGGAGCAGUCAGGCAUACAGAAACUGAAGGUCGGUGUCGUUUGCACCAAGUCCGAGGUUAGCUUUACUCGACAUCCUCCAGUCUUCUGUGGUCCGGGCAAGAUCAUCUCGCCAGAGACUAUGAAGCACCUGGACGAAGAAAUCGAGUCGGCGAAGUCGUGUGGUGAUAGGUUAAGGAAGAAGAGCGCUAAGAAGCAGCAGUUGGCCCUCGUUAGAGCCAGAGCCCAGCACGUGAAAGCAAACCUCCAGAGGAUCUACGCCUCGAAGAUGGACGGCAGGGAACUGCAGGUCUUCUGUGUCUCCAAUACCUGGUAUGAGAAGUACUGUCCCAAAGGCAAUCAAGAGCUUGUACAAGGGAGUGGCAUCCCCGACCUUCGACGAUUCUGCCACACUGUUGCCGCAGACAUGCAUUUGAACGAGGCGAAGCAAUUCCUCAGAUCGAGGCUCUUGGGACUUCUCGAAUCACUGGACCUUUAUGUCCGCUCAAAGAUGGCAGUUAUCACACAGAGUGACCAGGCCAGCAAAGCCAGAGCUAGCCGUGAAUCACUCAGCAAACAUCUAGAUAGUGUUGCCCAAGAGGUACGGCCCAGCACCUGGGAUCACCGUAACUACACGCAGUGUUGCUUACGAAAUGUCCAGAACGUCGCUCUCACAGACAAAUUCCGAUGCGACUUUCGAAGCUGCUUUGAAGAGCAGAUUUUGCGUUACGCUAACUGGUUGCGCUUGAAGGUGGAAGGGGACAGCACUGGGAGACAGCGGCGACCAAAGAAGGAGAGAAAUGGGAUAACAGAAGAGUAUGUCCUGACUUUCACCCAAACAGAAACAUCUCAAACCAGCCCUAAUAACCAUGUCGAGGGCGCAGCUGACCCAGUCUCUGCAGGUCAGAUCAACGCGUGGUGCCUUCACAAUGGCCACCAUCAGACGGCCGGGAAGGCCCGCGAAAACUGGAACGCCAAUAUCAUAUGGAAGAUGCGAACGGAGCUUGAGACGCAAUGGGAGCUUCUCGAGGAAGAAGCUGUCGAUGUUUUCUCCGCAGUUCUCGAGGGUUCGAGGCGCCAAUUGGAGUCAGUGAAGGAAAACGAAGCUCCGCGUGACUGCGCUUCUCCUCUGGUCUCUAGCAUCGACUGCCAGCUGCAACUUCUUGAGUAUGAAUUGAAGAGACUUCAGAGAGAUUUUGUUGAAGAAGUGAAGUAUGAUAGCUCCCAGACCAUUGCUUACUGA